AUACCUUCUAUUUUGAAAAUGGCUGGACACUCCAAGUGGCACAAUAUUAAGCAUCAGAAAGCACGAGCAGACGCAAAACGUUCUCAGAACAUUGCAAAAAUAUCGAGGAGUAUCAUAUCCGCAGUGAGAGAAGCAGGAGAGGACCCAGCGAAAAAUGUAAAGUUGGCAGUUGCCAUCGAAAGAGCAAAGUCUCUGGAUGUUCCUAAGGAUAAAAUUCAGAGUGCAAUCAAGUCAGGGUUGGGUGUUCGUUCGGAAGCUGAGUUGGAAGCUGUUCGAUACGAAGGAUAUGGACCAGGUGGUAUAGCUAUUUUGGUAGAAGCGCUUACCGGAAAUCGUAAUCGUACUGCUGCUCAAGUACGACAUUUAUUUAACAAGUAUGAAGGAAGUCUGGGUUCUCCAGGUUCUGUAGAUUGGAUGUUUGAAAAGUUGGGGGUGAUACGUUUUAGCAUUUCCGAGGAUACUAGCUUAUUAGACAAACUGGAAGAAGCAGCUAUCGACUUGAACGCAAAGGAUGUGGAAGUCGUUGAAAGUUCGAAGGAAGCUCAUAUGACUUGCAAUCCAGAUCAAUUCUUUACUAUUUUGGAAAGUCUCAAGGAGAGAAGUUUUGUGUUUGAGUCCGCUGACGUUUUGUAUCGUCCCAAGAACAUGAUAUCCUUGUCCAUAGAAGAGGACUUGGGGAAAAAGGUGAAUGGACUCAUAGAAGCCUUGGAAGACGACGAAGAUGUAGAAAAUGUUGCUCAUGCAGCAAACUUUACUUGACGAUAAAUUCUUGUUUAUGGACGAAAUAGAAUUCCUAAAUAAACUAAUGAGGACUAGGCAACUGGAGUUCGCAACACGAGGAGCGACCAAAGUAUUUAUUCUUUGUGCAUUUCAUCUGUUGCAAAAGAAUGCCAUAUACCUUGAUCCUUUGAGAGUUUAUGGGUCAAAAAGGAAAGAAAUAGAAAAUGCUGUAAAUCCCAAUUCGCAAGUUGAAUUCGUCCCAACAUCAAAAUUGUUUGGAUCCCGUUUUUAAAUAAUGUUAAACGACCUUAGUAGAAAAUCAUACUUACCUGGGAGGGCAGUCUGUACAUCGCAAGACGUACGACUGUGCGGGGACGACAAACUUCUUUACUUUUGUCUUCGGACAGGGAAAGUUGUUUGUUGAAACCGUCGAGGUCACGACUAUGUGGCUGUCGACUCCUCAAUUUAUGACCCUGGAGUAGUAUGCGUUCGCGCAGCUGCUCCUUCUCCUUUUGAUUCUGGCUUGUAUAGAAAUAAAGACUAUAUCUUACAGUUUUUCUAAACUCUUGGUUUCUGUUUUAUUU